CUGGCGAGACGCGCUCAGAUAUACCGAGCGAGCGCGGAGAAGCAGUCUCAGAUCCUGACGGUGCAGCAGCCCGCAGCCUCAGCCAGGGAGUCCCAGCCGCUUUCAAUGGAGGAGAAGCCCGGCCAGCCACAGCCUCAGCACCAUCACAGCCACCACCAUCCGCACCAUCACCCCCAGCAGCAGCAGCAGCAGCAGCAGCAGUCGCACCACCACCACCAUUAUUAUUUCUACAACCACAGCCACAACCACCACCACCACCACCAUCACCAGCAGCCUCACCAAUACCUGCAGCAUGGAGCCGAGGGCAGCCCCAAGGCCCAGCCUAAGCCGCUGAAACAUGAGCAGAAACACACCCUCCAGCAGCACCAGGAAACGCCGAAGAAGAAAACAGGCUAUGGUGAAAUAAAUGGUAAUGCUGGAGAAAGAGAAAUAUCUUUAAAGAGCCUCAGUUCUGAUGAAGCUCCCAACCCUAUUUCCAGGGUCCUCAAUGGCAACCAGCAAGUUGUAGACACAAGCCUGAAGCAGACUGUAAAGACCAGCACCUUUGGAAAAGCAGGAAUCAAGACCAAGAAUUUUAUUCAGAAAAACAAUAUGGACAAAAAGAAUGGGAAGUCUUAUGAAAACAAAUCUGGAGAGACCCAGGCUGNAGAUAAGACCGAUACUAUAGCGAUUCCAAAUGGUGUUAUAACAAGUAGUUCAGGCUAUAUCACUAAUGGUUAUAUGAGCAAAGGAGCAGAUAAUGAUGGUAGUGGAUCUGAGAGUGGAUAUACCACUCCUAAAAAAAGGAAAGCAAGGCGCAAUAGUGCCAAGGGUUGUGAAAACCUUAAUUUAGUGCAGGACAAAAUAAUGCAAGAGACUAGUGUCCCAGCAUUAAAACAGGGACUUGAAACUUUAAAGCCUGACUAUAGUGAACAAAAGGGAACGCGAGUAGAUGGUUCAAAGCCUAUUUGGAAAUAUGAAACUGGACCUGGAGGAACAAGUCGUGGAAAACCUGCUAUGGGUGACAUGCUUCGUAAAAGCUCAGAUAUAAAACCUGGUUUGAGUAGCAAAAAAUUUGAUGAUCGGCCUAAAGGAAAGCAUGCCUCAGCUGCUGCCUCCAAAGAGGACUCAUGGACCUUGUUUAAGCCACCCCCAGUUUUUCCAGUGGACAAUAGCAGUGCAAAAAUAGUUCCUAAAAUAAGUUAUGCAAGCAAAGUUAAGGAAAACCUCAACAAAACUGUACAGAACUCUUCUGUNUCACCAUCUUCAUCUUCAUCAUCAUCAUCUACUGGGGAAACUCAGACCCAGUCUUCAAGUCGGUUAUCCCAGGUCCCCAUGUCAGCUCUGAAAUCUGUUACUUCUGCCAGUUUUUCUAAUGGGCCUGUUUUAGCAGGAACUGAUGGAAGUGUGUAUCCAUCUGGGGGUCAGCCACUGCUAACUACUGCUGCUAAUACUUUAACACCCAUCUCUACUGGGACUGAUUCUGUUCUUCAGGACAUGAGUCUGACUUCAGCAGCUGUUGAACAAAUUAAAUCUAGCCUUUUUAUCUACCCUUCAAAUAUGCAAACAGUGCUGUUAAGUGCACAAGUAGAUCUGCCCUCUCAGACAGAUCAGCAAAACCUGGGGGAUAUAUUCCAGAAUCAAUGGGGUUUAUCAUUUAUAAACGAGCCCAGUGCUGGCCCAGAGACUGUUAUUGGAAAGUCGUCAGAUCAUAAAGUGAUGGAAGUGACAUUUCAAGGAGAAUAUCCUGCCACUUUGGUUUCACAGGGUGCUGAAAUAAUUCCCUCAGGAACUGAGCAUCCUGUGUUUCCCAAGGCUUAUGAGCUGGAAAAACGGACUAGUCCUCAAGUUCUGGGUAACAUUGUAAAACCUGGGACUACUGAGAGUGGAGCCUUAUCCUUGGACCCCAGUCAUAUAGGUGACCUGCAAAAAGCAGACACCAGUAGUCAAGGUGCUUUAGUGUUUCUCUCAAAGGACUACGAAAUAGAAAAUCAAAAUCCCCUGGCCUCUCCUACGAACACUUUGUUAGGCUCCGCCAAAGAACAGAGAUACCAGAGAGGCCUAGAAAGGAAUGAUAGCUGGGGUUCUUUUGACCUGAGGGCUGCUAUUGUAUAUCACACUAAAGAAAUGGAAUCUAUAUGGAAUUUGCAGAAGCAAGAUCCCAAAAGGAUAAUCACUUACAAUGAAGCCAUGGAUAGUCCAGAUCAAUGAAGGACCAGACUGCCUAUUUGUAACCUUUCUGCAGCAUUAGAGCCACCGUUCAUGUGGGACACAAGGCUUUUAUGCUCCUAGAUCUUCAAUGCAGCAGAGGAACCAUAAGUAGAAUCACAGGAUAAUAUAUACAAAUAUAUAUAUAUAUAUAUAUA